AUGGUGACACAUACACGUUGGUUGGUAACAACAAGAGCAGCAGCAAUAAAGGAUUGGAGUCGUUGCGAAUCCAUCAAAACAAUCAAGAAAAAAUCCAUCACCACAACCCUCUCUUAUUCCUCGUCAACGACAAGAUCCUCUUCACUCUCUUGUACUUGGUCUCCAUUCACGACAACAGUUUCUUCAAUGUCUUACGACAAGGACCUCGCUGCUGCUAAGAAAGCAGCCACUCUCGCUGCUCGUCUCUGUCAGAAAGUGCAGAAGGCUCUUUUGCAAUCUGAUGUUCACUCUAAAUCAGAUAAAAGUCCCGUCACUGUUGCUGAUUAUGGUUCACAGGCCUUGGUCAGCUUGACACUUGAGAGAGAGCUUCCUUCUGAACCAUUUUCCCUAGUAGCAGAGGAGGAUUCAGGGGAUCUUCGUAAGGAAAGUGGUCAGGAUACACUGAGGCGCAUUACAGAUCUUGUCAAUGAUACCGUCGCUAAUGAAGGAUCGCAUAGCUUUUCUACUUUAACAACGGAUGAUGUGCUUAAGGCCAUUGAUAGUGGUAAGUCCGAAGGUGGUUCCGUUGGUCGCCACUGGGUUUUGGAUCCGAUAGAUGGGACUAAAGGGUUUGUAAGAGGAGACCAAUAUGCCAUAGCAUUAGCUUUGCUAGAUGAAGGGAAAGUUGUAUUGGGUGUCUUGGCUUGCCCAAAUCUUCCACUGGCGACCAUUGGCCAUAAUGAGCAGCAUGCUUCUUCAAAUGAAGUUGGGUGUCUUUUCUUUGCUAAAGUUGGUGAUGGAACAUAUAUGCAGGCAUUGGAUGGCUCUACACAGACUAAGGUGAAUGUUAGUGCUGUUGAUAAUCCAGAAGAAGCGUCAUUUUUUGAAUCUUAUGAAGCAGCGCACUCCUCACAUGACUUGUCCAGCACUAUUGCAGAAAAACUCGGUGUCAAAGCACCGCCAGUCAGAAUUGAUAGCCAAGCAAAAUAUGGAGCUCUGUCUAGAGGAGAUGGAGCUAUAUAUUUGCGUUUCCCCCACAAAGGAUACCGUGAAAAAAUAUGGGAUCAUGCUGCUGGAAGUAUUGUUGUGACAGAAGCUGGAGGCAUUGUCUCAGAUGCUGCAGGGAACCCUUUGGACUUCUCAAAAGGAAAGUUUCUUGAUGUUGAUACUGGUAUUAUUGUUACAAACCAGAACUUGAUGCCUUCGCUUUUAAGAGCAGUUAAAGAAUCCCUCAACGAGAAAGCAUCAUCCUUGUGA